GUAUUGUACGUCCUGAAUAUCAAUAAAAAGUGUCGUAGAGAAUACCCUGGUCCUGGUCUAAGGUUGCUUAAAUAAUCUUUCAUUUCAGCCAUUGGUAUUAAAAGUACCUGUAUCAGUUGUGAAAUCUUACGAUCCGACUAAUAUUUGUGACCUAUUAAUUCAUAAAUGCAAAUUUGUUGUACUUUGUUGUCAUUUCACACAAAUUUAAAUGUAUUAAUUCAGUUUAUUUACAUAAUAAUAUUGCUGUAAAUUAAACUUGUGACAAGUUCAACAAUAAUUCCUCAAUUUCAUUUUAAUAGAAUCAUUUUGAAUUAUAUUUUCAGCACAAUAACCUUAUACAAAAUAUGCUACCAAAUUUUACAUCGUCAGAAACUUUCACCAAUGAAGUUCAAACACAGAUUCCUGAAUCUGGAAGAUGUCCAACGACAGGCGUUUUGUUCGAAAGUGAAGUCGAUAUGCUCGAUGGUGGAUUGGCGGAAAACACUGUGAUUACCAGAAGAGCUGAGAAACGAAAGUUAGAACUGGUCUGGAGGAACAUAAUUUUAUUUAGCUUUCUACAUUUGGGGGCGGUGUAUGGGGCGUGGCUGCUGGUUACCUCGGCAAAGUGGUUAACAAGUACAUUGGUUUUUUCAUUGUUCUUUAUAACUGGUUUUGGGGUAACUGGCGGGGCUCAUAGGCUUUGGGCCCAUCGAACAUACAAAGCCAAAUGGCCCUUGAAGCUAAUUUUAGUUAUUGUUAACUCAAUGGCCUUCCAAGAUUCGAUCUUUUGCUGGGCCAGAGAUCAUCGGGUCCACCACAAGUAUUCCGAAACCGAUGCCGAUCCACAUAAUGCCACAAGAGGUUUCUUCUUCUCGCACGUGGGUUGGUUGUUGUGCAAGAAGCACCCUGAUGUUCUAGCCAAGGGUAAACUAAUUGAUCUUUCAGAUCUGAAAGCUGACCCUUUUGUAGCGUUCCAGCAUAGAUAUUACAAUCCCCUAAUGCUGUCAUUGUGCUUCGUUGUACCAACUCUUAUUCCGAUGUAUUUUUGGAAUGAAACUUUAUUAAAUUCAUUCUUCAUUUGGGCAAUUUUUCGUUGGUGUUAUACCUUAAACGCUACAUGGUGUGUAAAUAGCGCAGCUCAUGCUUUUGGUUACCGAUCAUACGAUAAAUCCAUCAGACCAUCUGAAAACCUUACACUAUCAAUAGUGACGUUCGGCGAAGGAUGGCAUAACUAUCACCAUGUCUUCCCAUGGGAUUACAAAGCAUCUGAAUGGGGUGCUUCGGUACUGAAUACUACAACUCUUGUAAUUAAUCUUUUCGCUAAAAUCGGCUGGGCUUACGAUCUCAAGACGGUUUCAAGAGAUGUGAUCGAGAGACGUGUAAAAAGGACAGGCGAUGGCUCACACAACGUGUGGGGCUGGGGUGAUAAGGACCUUACAAAGAGUGAUAAAGAUGAAGUAUUGAUCAUAAAUAAAAAAGUU